AUGGCUCAUCAUGCCGAUGCGAAGAGGGCGCUCGAUGAGCGAGGCUAUAAAGGCCAACUCGUCCGCGGCGACAACCCUCUCAAGCUCUUUGAGAAGCCAGUCCGCGACCGGAUCGUGGACAGCUACUACUGGAAGGAACAGUGCUUUGGUCUUAAUGCUGCGACACUACUCGACCGCGCAACGGAACUUAGCUUUGUUGGUGGCACAUAUGGUGUAGCACAGCGACCGACACCGUUUCUAUGCUUGGCGUUUAAACUCCUGCAGAUCGUGCCAGACAAGGAGAUCAUUUUGUUCUAUCUUGAGCAGGAGGAGUACAAGUACUUGCGCGUGCUGGCUGCUUUCUACAUCAGAUUGGCGUGGGAGAAGGACGAGGAGGUGUAUGCGACGCUGGAGCCAUACUUGACAGACUCGAGGAAGCUGAAAAGGAGGACGAGGGAAGGGUGGGCGUUAACCUAUGUGGACGACUUCAUUGAUGAUCUGCUAUUGAAGAGUAGAGUUUGCGCCACGACGUUGCCGAAGAUCAACCCGAGGUUGUUCUUGGAGGACGAGGAUCGGUUGGAGCCAAGAAUUAGUGCGCUUGGUGGAGAGUUGGAGGAGCUGGACGGAGAGGACGAAGAGGAGGAUGAGAGCAACGGUGAAGUGGAAGAGGUGAAUGGACCUGUGAAUGGAAGGGAGCAUGAAGCUGAUGGAAGCGACGAGGAGAUGGUCGGAGGUUGA